AUGAGCUCCUUUCUGACAAUUGUCUUUGUCUUUGCCUUUUUGACGUCUGAUCUUGGAACUUGUUCAUCGGAAGUGGUGAACUCCACAAGAGGUGGCAAAGAUGGAAUCUCCGGAGGGAGCUGUGCGCAAGGAUUUGGCGUUUGCUGUAUUUUCAGUGUGGGAUGUGGAGCCAUUGUUUCUGAAAAUUGCACCUACCUCGUGCAAUCCUCAACAUCGAGCCCAACACCCGAUCCCUGUUUUUUCAAUAUCUGUAAAGCAAGUUCGAACAUUUGCCGCAUCCGGCUGGAUUUUGCGACUUUCUCGAUUGCCGGGCCAACAGUUGGAACUACGGUUGUUGGUGCCGAUGAAACUAAUGGUCCAGUUGUUGGAGAUUGUCUCACCGACACUUUCAGUGUUAGCUCCCCAGGAAACACGGCUUCACCAGUUAUUUGCGGCUUCAACUCGGGGCAACACAUGAUUGUGGAUGCAUCUAAUGAAUGUAACAGAGCAAUUUUCAAUUUCGAUGGAACUGGUUCCACCCGACAAUUCGACAUUAAAGUGACACAAUAUAAAUGUGGGGAUGAAAAUGGAGGCCCAGACGGUUGUCUUCAAUAUUUUACUGGAAAUUUCGGAUCAGUUGCCAGUUACAACUUCCCCACUACCGCAUCUGCCAUUGGUGACACUACGACGCACUUGUCCAACCAAUGCUACACAAUUUGCUUUCGCCAAGAACUGGGCAAGUGUGGGAUUUGUUUUGGAACAGCUAUUCCCGGCGGCGCAGCCACCAUGGACCAAGGUUCGUUUGGACUCUCCAUUCCCCCUGCUGCAGCGCUGACCGGAAGCCAAGACCUGGGUUGUAGCAACGACUACCUUCAAAUUCCCGGUGCCGAACGAGAUGCUGCUUCUCCUAACAAUUUUGAGGUGGGCACUGUGGGUGCUAUUGCUCACGAGCGGAUUUGUGGUCGAUUUUUCGGCUUUGCUGCCAUUGCUGGGGUCAUAGGAGCAGCAAACAACGACGAAUCAAUUUGCACUCAACAACGACCAUUUCGGGUGAUUUUUAAGACUGAUGCGGAUGAAAUGACAGGAGCUGCCAGUCCUGAAACGAAUGAAGCCGAGGGAUUUCCAGGAGGGAUUAUAGGAUUUCUAUUAAACUUUGCUCUCCAAGAUUGUUAAAUUUCAUGUCUUUUUUGCUUUCCUUUCAUCUUUCAUUAGCGUGUUCAAUGAUGCAAACCAUUUAUUUCGACUAAAAGUAACCACGUUUCUGUAAAUAUAUACCGAGAACAAUCUAA